UUGCUUUCCUCCUGGCCUGGCCGGGCUUCACUCGGCACAGCAGCGAUGGUGGGUCGGUUGAGCCUGCCAGAGGUGGCCGGGGAGGCUCUGCCGGAGGGCAAGAGGGGGCUGGACAGCCCAGACUCCGGCCUGCCACCCAGCCCCAGCCCCCCCACACCAGGGCUGGCCAACGGGCUCCCUGAGAGAGACAGCCCACCUGCCUUCAAGCCUUCUCCUCCACCUCUUCCUCCUCUGCAGCCUCUUCAGGAUGCUUUGCCUUUGGUCACCCCUCCGCUCCCUGGCUGCACCUCUCGAUUAUGCCCGCUGUCCUUUGGAGAAGGAGUGGAAUUCGACCCGUUGCCACCUAAAGAUAUAAGGUACACCUCUUCGGUGAAAUACGACUCGGAGAAGCACUUCAUUAAUAAUAUUUAUAUGCCCAUGGGGCUUGGGGUUUCCGCUUGUAGCCAGACGGUCUUCUGCGUCCCUCAAAGCACAUGGCGCAACUACAAAGCCGAGGUCCACUUCCAGCCACGCAACAAAGCCACGAGUUUCACCAGCACCACCAUCAUCUACCCCAAGCACACCACAACCAUCUACACCACCACACUGGAUUACAAUUGCAGGAAGCACAUGCGGAAGUUCUUGUCCAGCGUGGAGUUGGAGUCUUCUGGGAACGAGGACAGUCCCGAGAGUUGCUGAGGCCUGCUCUUUCGGCCAUGGUGUUUCUUCGAAGUUUUCCGCCGGAUGAAAAUGGAUGAAACUUCCUUUGAUCGUCGUCCGUAGCUACCUCUCCCUUAGCCUUAAGGAUCCCACAGGCCUGCACUUAAUUUUUGUGGAUUGGAAAGUAAACCUUUACUCAAGGAAAAUGUUCCUUCCAUCAUUAAAAAAAUGGAGCACGCUGUAACUUUUUUUUUUGUCCUGGUUUUUCCUUUUACAACAACAAGGGAAUUUUUCUUUCCAAAGACAAACGUGGGUUGCUUUCCUAGAAGAAAAGGAACCUGGGCACACUGCCUCUGAAUGAAAAUAAUGCCUCAAUUGACUCUUUGUGCUGCGGAAAGCAUGUCUUUGAGGAGCCUAACCCAGUUGCACUUCAAACCCCAAAGCCAUAAUUUAUUUUCACUCAUCACAGAAAGCUCACUUAUUAUUCCAAAGCCUGUGGCCGGCCACUUGGGGCCGAUCUUUUUCGCUUGAUCAAAAGUCGCUUUGAUGCCAGCUUUGUCCUUUUAUAGAAACCUUUGAAGAAAUCAGUCUUGAUCUGAAGUGUCAUUGAAAGGAAUUUUACAAUAAACCACAAAGAAUACUUAGGUUA